UGGACACCGAAAAAAAAAAACGCACCGAAAGCCCGCUAUCUUUGACACGCGCUCGUGUUAACGAGAAGUGAUGUCUUGCAGAGCCGCCGCGGCCAGUUGAAGGAACGCCGGGCUGGGCGCAGCAUCACGUAACUACGGUUGGUCCACUUUCAUCCGCAAUACGCAAUGCGUUUCCGGGAUAUAUAGGAAGAUUGUGUUCGUGUGUGUAGUGUACGAGGUGUGUUUUCUCGCCACCACAUCGCGUAGCGACUUCUACAGCCACUUUAGUGCUCGUUUGAGUGAAAACACCGCAUCAUCCAGCUGUUGCCAUGGGGUUCUUCACUCGUGCUCUGUACGUCAUCGCAUUCGCAGUUGUAGCGUCCUCCAGGCCCGCAAACAAGACCUGCAACGAGGUACUCGAGCAGCAGGUGCACGACGCCGGCUGCCGUUUGAUUGGACGCCUGCCCGACCGUUGGCUGCUCCGCUUUGACUCGGUCGGUGGCAGCAACGAGUCCGUGCCGGUGCUGGCCCUCGUGUUUGGUCUGGCCGACCCCACUACUCACAUCGAGAGCAGCAUGUGCUGGUCCGAGAUGACCGCCGCGCUGGCAAUGCAAGGCAUGGCAAAGGUGGCGCUGCCGGCGUCCACGGCGCGUGUCUUCUUCGCCGCCAAGGCCAAGGUCAAGGCAGAAGUGAGCAAAGCUAUUAAAAGAGCUCCCUGGUGCAAGUUCAUGUUACUGCGGCGUUACGUUACAAUGCAGACGAUUGAAACGCAGUGA